CGCCUGGUGGCCCUGAGGCGGAGGAGGAGGAGGAGGAGCGGGAGGAACCGCCGCCCGCCGCGCCCGGGAGCCUGGAGAGGGAAGCCUAGCCACGGGAGCGCGGAGCAGCAGGCCCAGGCCGCAGGCGCAGGCCCGGACGCCUCUCGGAGAAGAUGCAUUUACAACUGAUUUUCUUCAUUGGACUGAUCGGUUCAAUUUGCUGUGUGUUUGGCCAAACAGAUGAAAAUAGAUGUAUAAAAGCCAACGCUAAAUCCUGUGGAGAAUGCAUACAGGCAGGCCCCAAUUGUGGGUGGUGCACGAAUUCGACCUUUCUACAAGAAGGAAUGCCUACUUCUGCACGGUGUGAUGAUUUAGAGGCCUUGAAAAAGAAAGGCUGCCAUCCAGAUGACAUAGAGAAUCCCAGAGGUUCCACAGCUGUCAAGAAAAAUAAAAAUGUCACCAACCGUAGCAAAGGAACCGCAGAGAAGCUGCAGCCCGAAGACAUCACUCAGAUCCAGCCACAGCAGCUGGUUCUGCAGCUGCGAUCAGGAGAGCCACAGACAUUCACGUUGAAGUUCAAACGUGCAGAGGACUACCCCAUUGACCUCUACUACCUCAUGGAUCUCUCCUACUCCAUGAAGGACGACCUGGAAAACGUCAAGAGUCUGGGGACAGAUCUGAUGAAAAGGAUGAGUUCAGUGACUUCAGACUUCCGAAUUGGGUUUGGCUCCUUUGUGGAGAAAACCGUGAUGCCUUAUAUUAGCACCACACCUGCUAAGCUCAGGAACCCUUGCACGAGUGAGCAGAACUGUACCAGCCCCUUCAGCUACAAGAACGUACUCAGCCUCACGGAGGACGGAGCCGUGUUUAACAGGCUUGUCGGGCAGCAGCGUAUUUCUGGAAAUCUGGACUCUCCAGAAGGUGGAUUUGAUGCCAUCAUGCAAGUUGCAGUGUGUGGGUCACUGAUCGGCUGGAGGAAUGUCACCCGGCUGCUGGUGUUCUCCACGGAUGCUGGCUUCCACUUCGCUGGAGAUGGGAAACUUGGCGGCAUUGUUUUACCCAACGAUGGACAGUGCCACCUGGAGAACAACAUGUAUACCAUGAGCCACUAUUAUGACUAUCCUUCUAUUGCUCACCUCGUUCAGAAACUCAGUGAAAAUAACAUUCAAACCAUCUUUGCCGUUACUGAAGAGUUUCAGCCUGUGUACAAGGAACUGAAAAACUUGAUCCCUAAGUCAGCAGUGGGAACGCUGUCUGCAAACUCCAGCAACGUGAUCCAGCUGAUCAUCGAUGCCUACAAUUCCCUCUCCUCAGAAGUCAUUUUGGAAAACAGCAAAUUGCCAGAAGGAGUAACCAUAAAUUACAAAUCUUACUGCAAGAAUGGGGUGAAUGGCACAGGGGAUAAUGGAAGAAAGUGCUCCAACAUCUCCAUUGGAGACGAGGUUCAGUUUGAAAUCAGCAUUACUUCAAAUCAGUGUCCGAAUAAGAAUUCUGAAACCAUUAAAAUCAAGCCUCUGGGCUUCACUGAGGAGGUCGAGGUGAUCCUUGAGUUCAUCUGUGAGUGCGAGUGCCAGGACGCAGGCAUCCCGGCCAGUCCCCAGUGCCACGAUGGGAAUGGCACGUUUGAGUGUGGGGCCUGCAGGUGCAACGAGGGCCGUGUUGGCAGACACUGCGAGUGCAGCACAGACGAGGUGAACAGUGAAGACAUGGACGCCUACUGCAGGAAGGAGAACAGCUCCGAGAUCUGCAGCAACAACGGGGAGUGCGUCUGUGGGCAGUGUGUCUGCAGGAAGAGGGACAACACGAACGAAAUCUAUUCCGGCAAAUUCUGCGAGUGUGAUAACUUCAACUGUGAUCGGUCCAAUGGCUUAAUUUGUGGAGGAAAUGGUGUCUGCAAGUGUCGCGUGUGUGAGUGCAAUCCUAACUACACUGGCAGCGCGUGUGACUGUUCUCUGGAUACGACUUCUUGCAUGGCCACAAACGGGCAGAUCUGCAACGGCCGGGGUAUCUGUGAGUGUGGCGUCUGCAAGUGCACGGAUCCCAAGUUUCAAGGGCAAACCUGUGAGAUGUGUCAGACCUGCCUGGGCGUCUGUGCUGAACACAAAGAAUGUGUUCAGUGUCGAGCCUUCAAUAAAGGAGAAAAGAAAGACAGGUGUGCGCAGGAGUGUUCACAUUUCAACAUCACCAAGGUGGAAAAUCGGGACAAGCUGCCGCAGCCUGGCCAGGUGGACCCCCUGUCCCACUGCAAGGAGAAGGACGUGGACGACUGCUGGUUCUACUUCACGUACUCGGUGAAUGGCAACAAUGAGGCCAUCGUUCACGUCGUAGAGACUCCAGAGUGUCCCACUGGUCCUGACAUCAUUCCAAUUGUAGCUGGUGUGGUGGCUGGCAUUGUCCUCAUUGGCCUCGCGUUGCUGCUGAUUUGGAAGCUCCUGAUGAUAAUUCACGACAGAAGGGAAUUUGCUAAAUUUGAAAAGGAGAAAAUGAAUGCCAAAUGGGACACGCAAGAAAAUCCGAUUUACAAGAGUCCUAUUAAUAAUUUCAAGAAUCCAAACUAUGGACGUAAAGCUGGCCCCUGAGUUGCCGCCGGGUGAAAAUCCUAUUUACAAGAGUGCUGUGACAACUGUGGUCAACCCAAAGUAUGAGGGCAAGUGAGCCGCCCUACAGACUCCGAGCACUGAUGUAGCUGUCUUCCUAGUCACAGUGUAGUCGCUCUAGGGCAGUAGUGCCAUGGUCUUACUCAAGGGCAGGUUUUGAAAAUGUACAGUAUGUAUAAUUUGUAAGGAUUUUUAUUAUUUCGAAAUAAUGUUCUAAUGCAUGCCAGGGACUGACAGAGACUUGAGACAGGGUGUUAGCCUUGUCAGCCAAGGUCACAUUGUGCCUUCUGACUUUUCCUUCCUGGACUGCUGAAAUCACGUUGCCACUGCGUUGGUGCUGCUUGCGGGGUCGUUGGAAGGGCGAGGGGUAGGGGAUGAGCAUGGGGAGAAUUUCUGUUAAUCAUGUGUUACAGUGGAUUUUUAACUUCACAGAUAUGUCCGUAUUCAGUUCUACAGAUUGCAAAAGUAAAGGUUCCACUAGCUAGUUUAGGGUUAUUUUAAAUCUGUUAUUUUGCCAUUUGCCAUUUAUUGCACGCCUGAUGACAUUUCUGAAAGACAAGCGUGUUGGGAGUUACUGAGAUCAAACAGCUCUGAGAUGGUUGAUCUGCGAAGGCCAUGGGGAAGGUUCAGAGAGUUAGGAAGGAAAAACCAAUAGCUUUAAAACCUGUGUGCCACUGUAAGAGUGACUUAGUCACGGUAACUUUUAUGCCUUCUCUUUAAAUUCCAGCCUUGGGUUAGAAUACUACAGUUUUCGGCUUACACGUCCUUGGUUUAGCACUGUACACACAGGCCGUAAUUUACAUAGCAUUUGCUCAAGGGGGAUCUUUUGCAUUGAGUUUUAUUUUGUUAUUUUGUUUGGAGCCUGGUGCUUUUUAGCUCCUCUUCUAAUCUGAUAGCGUAUUUGUUUCCAUGUUGGGUGAGACUUCCUAUCAAUGCUUUUCCUUUGAAAUGUUAGCUGUAAUUUGCUUUUCAGUGAACUUGUGAAGUCCUCCUGUGGGACAGUCCCCCGCCAAUACAAGCCUUACUUACCUUCAGUUAGUGCCACAGGGACCACCCCACCGUGUAUUGUGCUUCUCACAGCUUGAGUUGCCCCUCACCACCUUAUUUUAAGUGCCUUUUAAUUUUAACAGAUCACUUUUUACAGUGCUAUUUUCUGAAGUUAUUUAUUAAAUAAAAAAGCCUAAAAUACUUGAA